CCGCUCCCUCCAAUCGGCGGCCCCCUUCCACCCGGCGGCCAGGCGAAGGGGGCUGCGUGUUUCCGGAAGACGUGGCUGCCGCCGCCGCCGCCGCCGCUCCGCCGCCACCAUGAUCUCCCUCUCGGACACCCAGAAGAUUGGAAUGGGACUAACAGGCUUUGGAGUGUUUUUCCUUUUCUUUGGAAUGAUACUCUUCUUUGACAAAGCUCUUUUGGCUAUUGGAAAUGUUUUAUUUGUGGCUGGCUUGUCUUUUGUUAUCGGUUUAGAAAGAACAUUUAGAUUCUUCUUUCAAAAACACAAAAUGAAAGCAACGGGCUUUUUCCUGGGUGGUGUGCUCAUAGUUCUCAUUGGCUGGCCUUUAAUAGGAAUGAUCCUUGAAAUUUAUGGCUUCUUCCUAUUAUUCAGGGGGUUCUUUCCUGUGGUGGUUGGCUUUAUUAGAAGAGUUCCAGUUCUUGGAUAUCUCUUGAAUUUACCUGGUAUAAGCUCGCCUACGUAGGCUCAGAAGAGAAUCCACAGUAAUGCUUGUAGAUAAAGUUGGAGAAAGCAACAACAUGGUAUAAUGACAAGAGGGCAGAAGACUGAUUCUAAACUUACUGUAUUAUUUAUAAAAUCCUUUUGAAGAAUACUCAGCACAAAGAUUAAGUUGUGUACAAAGGAAAAGCUUGUUACAUUCUUUACAUAACAGUUUAAUUUAAAAUGUAUAGUCAACAAGAUACAUUAGAAAAGAAGCUCAGCAAGUAUGCUGCUAGGAAAGUAACUCCAGAGUUUGGGAAGUAAAUUGAAGAGGUGAAAGUCAUGGAAUAACCCAUGUGACAACUGUUCAAGACUAUUUCUGUUGGUUUUGGAAAACAUGCUAGAGGCAAUUAACAGUGCCUGUACUUAACCUCCUUAUUUUGAAGGUGCAGUAGAGCAAACAGGCCUACGCUUUUAAGGGUGACCCAAACUUGUUCAACCCUCUGCUUGCAAUCAGAGUGCAAAAAAAGAAACAGAAAACUUCUUGUGUAACAAGAGAUGCGUCUUUGCAUGAAGGUUAAGAUGACUAUUCAUCUUUGUGUAUUACGACAAAAAAAAAAAAAAAGGAAACCCUACAUGGUUCUGUUGUAAACAUUUUUGUAAAUAUGUGGCUGAAAUAAAACAUUGUUAUCUUAAUGUUUCAAAGCCAAAUGUAAGUUGAUGGUAUUUACCUUCUGUUUUGGAAUAUGCAAAAGGUCAAUCUUUAACUUCAGUCUUAAAUGUUGGUUCUGAGCAUGUGGAGCUCAACAGAAAACUCUGGAAACUGGCUCAUGCUCCUUCCAGUUUGUUCUCCUUGAGUCAUGUUACAUGUGCAUCCAGAUGAGAAUGUAGCCCCUUAUCACUAACAUGAAAAUUUUGUGAAAUAUGCUUAGUUCACAAAAAACGCAUUUGGUUAAGGUGCUGACGUGAACCCUGUGAAAUGUAUCUUAUGAAAAUUUGAACCUUUGUUCUUAAAUAGUUUGAAGGUAAGGUUUCUUUGUUUACUCUGGAACUACAAAUUUAUUUUUACAGUAAUAAAAAGAAAACUUAAAAGUUCUGUGUAUGUGAGUCUCUGGGGAGAAGAUCGAACUAAUGGGUCUAAAGACAAGUGCCAAUCUCUGUAUGUUUUGUAACUUGUUUUUUGGGUUCUCUUCAAAUAACUUAAAACUUCUAUCAGUCACAGCAACAACUUUGUUGUUACAUAGAUUCUUAUCUAACCUGGAAUAAAUGUCUCCUACUAAUGCAAGGAUCAUGUUUCUGCUUCUAUUGGAAUGUUGAACAUUGUGCACUUUCAAUAGGUUUAGUUACAUAGUGUCCUCACCUAAAAAAAUGUCAUAAUUAAGUAAAUUGUAUUUGUGCAGGCUUGGGGGGGUUGCUGGUGUGUUUAACUUUCUCUUCCCUUUAAAUGUAAUCAUAAAAAAAUUACCAAAAUACAAUGGUAGUAUUUCAAGUAGCUAUGUAGUCUUACAGGUCUAAUGACUGUUUUCUUUGAUAUUUUUUUUUCUCUUUAUUAUGCAGUUAAAAUUGGUAUUUUCCAAAAUAACUUUUAAGAAGAAUCCUCAUAUACCUACCCUUUUGGAGGUUGCUAUGAAGUUCAUUUGUAUGAGAUAUGUUCUAUUUGCAUUACAACUGUAUAAAUAGCCACAAUCUACUAUUCCCAAUAUUUAAUUUGCUUCCUUCUCAAACAAGCACAAAAUGAUUCAGUGGAAAAAAUGCCAUUAUAUUUGCAAUGAGUAGCAUCUGAAUAAUCAGUAUGUUUAUUUUAUAAAUGACAAAAAGUGGCUAUAUUUGCCUGAUGGCAUGAGUGUUAUAGUUUACAAACAGGACUAAAUAGGACUCGUGGCUUCUACCUCAAGAGAGAAACCAAUUUUAACUGCGUCCAUAGAUCUGUUGUGUGUUAAAAAGGCUAGAGAAUAACACUACAGCAGUUUAGCAAACUCAUCUUGUUUGCUUUGGUAGAACACUAGUCUGUACUGUGGGAAUCAAGUACUGUUUAAAGCAGAGAGUGUUCAUCAUUUACAUUAGAAGUCAGUUAUCUGAAGACUUUUGUUCCUGUCUUUUGAUAAGUAAUGUGAUGGGAAAGGUGGAUUGCACUGCCUGACUACGGAGCUCUGACGGAAAGCAAAUUGUUUGGUAAGCUGAAGUACCUUUAUCAACGAGAAAGCUGAUGAUAUGUUUCAGAGGUGAUGAAUGUGUUGCUGUAGAUGAUCUUUUAGCCCUCUGAAAUGCCAAGUUUUAGGCAGUUCAUCUCACUUCUAUUUAAUUCAUUGUUUAACUCAAAAGUCAGUUUUUGUCAGAUGUGAAUUGUUGUGAAAAAGCGUCUGAGGGAACAAAAUUGUAUGUUGAAUUUAGCGUAGUGUUUAUCCCUCAAGGUAACAUUGUCUUUGAGACAGUUUUGCCAGGAUAAAUGUGGAUGGCAGCAAAGGUCAAGAUGACUUAGCCUUAAAGUGUUUCUGUUGUUGUAGAAAUAUCUUUAACAGAAACAUGCUUGGAACAUUUCCCCUUUUAAAUGUAAUUUAUAAUUGCUGCUUUAAAAAUUGUAAGGUUGGAUCUUAUUCUGAGCAAAUGAAUACUGUAAAUAUCCUUGUCAUACCUUGAAUAAAUGGGUACCUUUUUCUAUAA